UUUGUCCUCCCUAGUUACCAUUUUCUGGGGUUAGUGCCAAAACACUAUUCCAGUCUUCCAUUUUAAGAUCUCUCCUAAAGAAGGAAUUAAAUAGCGUCUGAGGGAUGCCUAUGAAAGUACCUAAAAUGGCCUGCGCAUUAAGGAAAAUGAUGAAGGACACAUUGCUGACCUUGAUGCUAGUAUUAAUAUGCUCCUCAAAUGUCACAGGCCAAAACGCAACACAGUUUGGCUUUGAUAUCAUAGACAGGCCAUACGUCGAUCCAGACGGGGGUCAGAUAUUAUUUGUAGAGACCGCACACCCUCUCGGAGAGGGACGUUUAUCAAGUUUUCACGUAUACACUAAAAGCUUGCUGCAAGCAUUUAACAUUUCGGAAAUCGCUCCCACUUACUUUUAUAUUUGGUCGAAAGCAAGCAAUUCCAGCGAGAUUUAUCAAUUGGAGUACAGCUUGAAAGUCAAUUUGCAGCCUGGAACUCAAGAAGAUUCGUUUGACGCGCCAGAUCCAAAACCGUGGAUACACAGUGGAUGGUACCUUGGGUGGGCCUUUGAAAAAAUAUUCAACCCUGUAGCAUUCACCUAUGAAAACCCUGCCACGUUUACCUUGAAGACCAAGGGGUUGGACCGACAGAACCUUGCGUUCCCUAAUGAAGGAGAUGUCAUUACUUUUCCGGACACAAAGCCCUACUCCCACUCCAUUGGUGUUCGGGUAAAUCUUGGAACAACUACGUCAACAACGACAACAACGACGACAACUACCACAACGCCGACCACCACCACGACGCCAACAACUACGACUACACCGACAACCACCGCAACAUCUACUACCACUGUCGCACCUACUACUACUGCCACUACCACAACGACUACUACUGAACCCUCAACGACCACUGCUACCACACCCUCAGCAGCUGAGAGCCAUACCAUGCCUAUUACCACUUCACCACUUACAACGACUACAACCAAGCCGGUGCCCGUUAUAACCACGUCACUUAGUGGUAGUAGACAUAGUAGUGCGCCCGUGACUUCAAAUAGUGAGACGAGCACCACUCGUAGCAUUACAACCACGACUUCUAAAUCGACGACGACAACAGCAGCAACAACAACGUCACCAGUCAGCACACAAGCGACCAAUAAUUUCGUUGCACAGCCUCUUAUCCUGGCAAUGGUGGCCGGCAGCAACUUCGUGUAUCCAGGAUGUAGCCGCGGGGGACGAAACGAGUCUGGUAUAGAGUGGUAUAAGGUUGAAGAUGACGGGCAGCAGUAUUUCGUUAGUCCGCACCCCUUGGACCUCGCUAACCUAGCUGCCUCGGACACUGGGUGUUACGUUUGUAUAUAUGAAACCAGCACAGUGGACAAAGUGUGUCUUAAUGUCACAGGGCAGGCAGGCGGAAACGUAGGUGCAAGAGAAGGUGACGCGUCUGUAGCGCCUCCUGUUGGACUAACUAACACGGAAAUCGCAUUUCUUGUGAUUGGCAUUGCCUUGGCAAUAAUCGUGCUCUUCAUCUGUAUUUGGAUCGUGUGCUGGUGCUGCGCUUGCUGCAAAAUGAAAAAAGAAACUGGUAAAAAUGUUUGUUGUCCUUGUUGGAUGACAUCAGCAGUGAUGCCAAUGGAAGAGGAUGAAUAUAUUCAUCCAGACCCAAUAACUGAAGUACCGAAAAUGAACGGAAUGAACGGACAUGUUGGAAACGGUCAUCUGCCCAACUCGCCAGCCAAACCUAAACAACAGAAUCACUACGAAGACGUUGAAAGUUAUCUACAAGAAGAAACAAAGCGACGACAGAAAAAACAAUUUGGACUCGCAGCCGUCACAACUUCCCUUAACAUGACGAAAGAAGCUAAGAAAAAAUCCCGCAAAAAGAAGAAGGCCAAAAAAAAUUCUGCAAAUGAAAGUUCGAAUAAAAUUGUUAUUUAAAAAAGUUGUCAGGACUAAAAAUUCAGAAAAGAUUUCGUGGAGAAUGAAUUCGAUUUUAUCACAAUAUAUUUUUGUAAAAUAUGUAAAAUAUUUAAAAAUGUUAUGUAAGAAGCCCUAGGUUUUAGUUCUUAAUUUGAAAACAUGAGGUAUUUUAUUAUCAAGCUUUGAAAUGGAUAAGCUCUUUCUUCAUAAUACAUUCUUGUCCGUAUGACAAUCCUUAUAUCAUCAUCAGCUAGUUAACCAAAUUAUGAUUGUUUUAUUCUUUUUUCAAUUUAGAUAUUGUUGAAUGAUUUUAAGUUCUUAAUUAAAGAUGUCUUCCGUCAUCUGCCGUUUUUAUCACAUGUAUCAAUGGAUCUAAUUUUAAUUUUUUUAUGUCGACAAUAUCAGAAAUGGUUGGUCGCUUGCCCGAAGCUUGUACAUACACCAUCCAUUGAGAAAGGGGGUUAGACUUGGGAAGAUAGAUGGAAGCUCAUGAUAGAAUAGUAUUUUUUAGUUUUAGACUACACAUUCUAAUACUUGGUCCAAUGAUAUUGUUUAAAUAUAACUUGCCAGUAAUCAUUUAGCCUCUUUACAGCUAUAUCAUAUAUCAUGUAUCAUACAUUUGAACACACGAUGAAAUGGUACACAUCGAAGUCAUUUCUUUUACUGUUGUAACAUACAAGAAGAUAUUGCCCAGGUAUUAAUUACACCAUUGCCAUUCUGGACAUAUUAAUAUUCCAUUGAAAUGUGCGGAUGACCUCAAAUAUCAUUUAAUUUCACAUUGAUGUGGAAGUCGUAUCAAUGUAAUCAUUAUAUUAUAUAAAUAACUACGCAAAUAGUUAAGCUUCUGUUAGGCCGAUCAUAUUAAUGUAUAUGUGUACCCUGUAAGUCGCAAUUAUCUCAUUGUUUUCUGGUAUGUCUCACAUGAGGGCGAUAUACCUCUACCUCGGGAAGGUGCUCACAUUGUAAUUAUAUCGCAUGAUUGUAUAUAAUUGUGAUGGAAUCAUAGAUGCAAGUUAUAUGAUGAUUUUUGUACAUUCUAAUGAAUAUUGUAAAUAAAAGCUGA